AUGAAUUCAGCCACAACAAUGGACCCCGAACAACCAGAAAACACUUCACCCCUCCCACAACCUCUCCAAGAACUUAUCAAACAAUCCAUGAAAUACAAAGAACGAUCCCACAAAACCCUCGAAGAAGUUCAUAAACCAGGCUUAGAACUCAUCCCGCCAACCGACGCACAAACUCCCAACCAAACCCCAAGUUUCGACGUCAUAUUCAUUGGCGACUCUAUGUUAGAACGUCUCAAAACUACAGGUCAAAACACAGGACUUCAUAAUCUUCCCAGAAGUUUUAACCUCGGCGUCGGAGGCGAUAAAAUCGAAAACGUUCUUUAUAGACUUCAUACGGGUUAUAUACCCCUUCUGGCGGAUAAACCGACGAAGUUGUGGGUUGUUCAUAUUGGUACGAAUAAUCUUAGACCUAAGAAGGGACUGAGGGAUUCGGAUCCUAGCGACUAUGCGAAUUUUAGGAUUUUGAUAGAAACGUUGCGGGCGUUAUGCCCUGGUAGUAAGGUUCUAGUAACCGGGUUGUUUCGACGAAAGGAUGUGAGCGAUGAGUUAGUUCGGGCGUCGAAUGAAAAGUUGAAAGAGACUCUUGAUGAGCUGGAAAGGACGUCAUUCAUGGUUAGCGAUUCGCUCACGGAACCGGGUCCGGGGAUUGGACGGCUUUUUUGGAUGGACCCGACGGAAAAUAUUAAUACAGAUGUGCUUGUGGAUCAUGUGCAUCUUAAUGAGGAUGGGUAUACUUUAUGGGAUGAGAGUUUGUAUCCGAGAAUCUUAGAGAUUCUUGCGCUUGAAGAACCGGGCCCGCUUCAAGGAGCUGAUUAG